CACUAACAAAACUUAAUAAGUGGGAAUAGUAUAUUUAAAUCUAAACUUAAAGUAUUGUCAACUUUUAUUUAGUCGGGGUUCAUCUUUAUGUCAUUUCCUCCAAAAGUGAAACUCACUUUUUUUUCAAGGCAGACAAAUUGAUGUUCGACAGGGAGAGGCGUGUAACUUAAACUAAGAUCAAAUUUAUAAAAGAUUUUAGUUUUGAGAAGAAUUACACGACCAAACAACAGCAGUGGAGCCAUUUCUCCUUUGCUUUGAGCUGUUAUUUAACAGUUUGAACCUGAGGGCUGCGAGCUGAAAACUACGUGCGCGCUGGUGGCAGCUGGCAGGAGAUGGACCGGCUGCUGUUGUCGCGCAUUGAUGAGGAGCUGGAGUCCUCUGAGGUGGCAGAGCUCUGCUUCCUCUGCAGUGAUGUUGUCAACAGGAAGCGCCUUGAAGGGAUUACAGAUGCAAAAGAGCUGUUCUUGAGACUUGAGGAGAAAGGUCUGCUGGAGAAUUCGUCUUUCCUGUCRCUGCUACUCAACAUUAUUCAUCGAGCAGAUCUGCUCAACCUGCUGAACACUGAAGUCAGAGAACAGGAGGAAAUGGAUGCUGACCCUAUCCUGUCUGAGUACAGGGUGAUGCUGUACAAAGUAUAUGAAAACAUGACUAGRGAGAAUUUAAACAAGAUGAAGUAUCUACUGACAGACGAUCUGGGCAAAAGACACUUGGAGAAGAGCAGUACAGCUUUGGAUGUGUUUGCUGAAAUGGAGAAGAUGGGAAUAAUCUCACAAACUAAUGUGAAUAAGCUCCAAAUGAUUCUGCUCAAGUUGGAUCAYCAGCUGGCAAUGACUGUGCAAAACUACAUGGACGCGGUUCAGCAACAAAGACUACCUCAGGCUGCCCCUCCAGCACGUCAACAUCCACAGAGGCCUAGCAACACCCAUCUGUCUCAACCUUUGCCUGAGCAUCAGUCGAUGUAUGAUGAAUCAAAUGUUUGCCUUGAUUCUAGUGGGACCUCACAGCCUGAUGAGACAGAGUACUACAAACUGACCCGUAACCCUCGAGGUUCGUGUGUCAUCUUCAACAACAAACACUUCAAUGGGAAGCUGUCUGAGCGCAGGGGAACUCAGGAGGAUACAAARGCUUUGAGUUCACUCUUUGAGCGCUUUGGCUUUAGAAUCGAAACACACAUCGAUCUGACCGCAGACGGGCUUAAGCAAAAAGUAGAAAGUGUAGCCUCAAGGGAUUUUACUAAUGAUGACAUUUUGGUUGUAUGCAUCAUUUCCCAUGGAGAAAAGGGCUGUGUGUUUGGCUCUGAUGAGAAGAAAGUGCCCCUGAAAGACRUGARAUCACUCUUCACUAGUGAUAAAGRCCCCACCUUGGAAGAAAAACCCAAAGUCUUCUUCAUACAAGCGUGUCAAAACGAAAAUAUCGAGGAGGACGCGCAGAAACCCACGGAGAUGCCUUCUGGUUUUGGACACAAUGGCACGUUGCCUAAAGAAGCAGACUUUUUGAUCGGCAUGGCCACUGUGGAGAACUACAAGUCGUUUCGGCACAKUCAAACAGGCUCCAUCUACAUCCAGGAACUGUGCAAACAGCUGACCAAAUCAGCUGAAAGCUCGCAGAAUGAUGACAUACUGACUGUCCUGACCCGUGUGAACAUGGAGGUCGGCAAAGGAGUGUAUGCUGCCAGUAAACAAAUGCCAGAGCCCAGAUACACUCUAACCAAGAAGCUCGCAUUCAGGUUUUUGUAAGCUGCCUGGAACAGAAGUGCAACACUGAGGAUUGUGGGACCUGUUCAYUUCAGAAUUGAUUCCAGUUUACAGUGUGUGUGKGUGUGUGUGUUUUUCUGUUGGUACUGUUGGUUUAAUGAAUUUAAUUAUUGCAUUUCUUGUGGUCCUGUGAUGGUCUGGCAACCUGUCCAGGCUGUACCCGCCUCACACAGUGACUGCUGAAAAUAGGCACCAGCUCCCUGUUGUGUUUAAAGAAAAUGGAUGCAUGGAUUUAUGCAAAAGGAAGAAAACAGUUUUAAAAAUGUAAUUGAAUAAUGCAUUUUAUAUUUUUGAAAUGAUUUUCUAAAAUUGUUAAUCAAAAAAUAAAAAAAAAGAUCUUUUUUUUAUUUUGCAAAUGUGGCACACCCACAAUAAUACAUAUAUCARCAGCCUGAAGAGACAAUGGUCUUCGGUAAGUUUUUUUUUUUCUCAAUAAAGACAACAAUUUAUGGAGAA